UUCUUCCUCCAACACAAAGAACAGAACAAGAAAAAAAAUAAUAAUAAUACUUGAACAUCGAAAUUUCAAUGGUGAAAACAGUGCCCCAAAAACAGCAGCAGCCAUCUAAUCAUUCCUCUGCUAAGUAUAAGGGAGUGAGGAAGCGCAAGUGGGGGAAAUUUGUGUCUGAAAUUAGGCUGCCCAAUAGCAGGGAAAGGAUUUGGCUCGGCUCCUAUGAUACGGCGGAAAAGGCGGCGCGUGCUUUUGAUGCGGCACUGUUCUGUCUUCGGGGAAAGAAUGUUAAGUUCAAUUUUCCUGAUAAUCCUCCGGAAAUUCUUAACGGGAGGUCAAUGACGCCGGUUCAAAUCCAGGCCGCUGCAGCCCGAUUUGCACACUCGGAUUCGGGUAAUUUGAAUCCGUCUUCUCCUUCUUCUUCUUCUUCGAUUUCGUCUUCUGAAUUAUUAGAGUCCCUUUCGCCGUCAGUUUCCGAUGAAGCGGCUCAAUUGGACCGAGAGAUCAUCGAAAUACCUACGGACGAUGCAUUCAUGGAUCAACUAUUGACAAUGGGAAAUGAAAAUUCCGUACUGGAUUUCGGGAAUUUUCCGGCCUUCGAUGAUAUUACCAGCGAUUUUUUGACGGCACCAUUGCCUGAUUACUGGCCUGGGAACACUGAUAACAUACCUCAAGACUCGUUUCUUUGGAAUUUUUGAAGCCUCGUUUUUUCUUUUCAGCUUUCUGGAAUUACUGAUUUUUCAUAGAAGUGAUGGAACGAUUUUUGAGGGCCAUUAGUUUCUAUAUUUUUCUCUUUUUUUUUUUCUUUUUUUUUUAAAGUGUAUACAUUCCUUUGAUUCUUUCGAGGGUACAAGUUAUAUAGAAUAAUGUUCAACCAAAAUCGGUAAUUUUUCUCUCUCAUUUUUUAA